AAUGUUUAGGAGUUGCAGAAUAUCAUCACUAACCCUGGAACCUCCCUUCUCUGACUGCUGUUCUUGGUUAGCUUCGUCUCAUCGAAAUUUGUAGCCCCCUUUCAGGCCUCUUCUUAACAUUUGAAUCAUUCAACCAUGGCCAGCACUUCGGAUUCAGAAUCCUCCACGGCUUCUUCUUCGAGCUCCAAAGAAACGCAGAAGCCCCAGAUGGAGCCGUUAAGACUGCCAACGAUCGAGGAGAUCCGUGGCCAAGACAUAUGGAACAACUGCGCUGUUCGAAGUGUCGUUAGCGGUGUAAUGGGUGGUGGGCUAGGUUUUUUCAUGGGUAUGUUUCUUGGGGCAUUGGAUAAUCCUCUAAUGCAAGACGAAAUGACUGCAAGGCAACAAUUCGUGUAUACAGCAAAGCAGAUGGGAAGGAGGAGUUUAAGUUCAGCCAAGACAUUUGCAAUGAUGGGAUUGAUCUUCUCGGCUGCAGAAUGUGUUGUUGAGAAGGCACGGGCUAAGCAUGACAUGACGAAUACUGUUGUUGCUGGGUGUGUAACUGGAGGAGCGAUAUCUGCAAGGGGUGGUCCAAAGGCAGCAUGUGUUGGAUGUGCAGGUUUCGCCACGUUUUCAGUCCUGAUUGAGAAAUUUUUGGAAAGAUAUGAAUGAUUAAUUGGGUGUUGAUUUAGGUAACCAUUCGGAGUGUGUCGCUGAGGAGCCGGCUCUCUACGAAGGUGACCUCUUGGACAAGGAGCUAUCUACGCACAAGGAUGGUUGCUUAUGUGACUGUGCAUUUGGAGCACAUUGAGGAUGAGAGUAUCAUCUUCUAUUUUUGAUUUUUUUGUUUAUAUAUCAGAUGUAGCCCUAGGGGCAUAACUCUAAUUUUGAUUCCACUGUGAAAACCUUCUUUUUGGUAAAUAUGGUAAAUGUCAUUAGACAUCACCAGUUGUGUAUAUUUUGAUUAUUAUUAUCUAUGUGAUCGUAGAAUUGUUUCAUA